AUGCAUCAUUUUGCACGGGGGUUUGUUUUGUGCGUCCUAACGGCGACCUUCGUGAAGGCUCAGCAUGUGCAGAGAGCCACCGUAUAUUGGGAUGCUGUUCAGAGGUCUGUGGAGCUGAAAGAGGGUGCAAUGGAAGAGGAGGGAGAUGCACUUGGUUAUUUCAAUGAUAGUUUAUCAGUUUCUGGAUGGGGAGUGUUGGAAGUGCAGGCUGGUUAUGGACGAUUCCAGGAGAACGAUGAAAUUACAUAUUUCUUGGCUGGAUACCUUGAAGGAUACCUUACAGCCUCACAGAUGAUAAACCAUUACUAUAAUAUGUAUCCUCAGAUUAUAAAGGAUAAUAGUGUUACAAAACAUCUGAAAUGCUUUAUGAGUGAGCAAGACUCAUGGACAAGAACACAAGUGAAAUUAAAUGGGAAGACUGAUCGUUUGUGGCAUCACGUGGGUCUUCUAGUGGCCCAGAUGGAUGGACUGCAUGCUGGGGCAGCAUACUGGGCCAAAAGUAGACAGGAACAGCCUCUGUCCAUGUUUGCGGUUCAGUUCCUCAAUGGUAUUGGGGAUUUGCUGGAUUUAAUCCCUGUUCUCAAAAGGCGUUCCAACUCUUCUUCUGACUCCUUCAGAAUGCCAGGCAUGAGUCACUGUUCUGCUCUCAUCAAGAUGUUACCUGGCUAUGAGAAUCUGUUGCUUGGUCACUCUAGCUGGUACAGCUAUGCUGCGAGCAUGAGAAUCUACAAGCACUGGGACUUGAAAAAUAAACAUAAUGGCACAAGCAGACUGUCCUUUAGCAGCUACCCUGGGAUCUUGUCAUCUCUGGAUGAUUUUUAUUUGCUGGGAACAGGAUUGCUUGUAACUCAAACCACAAACAACGUGUUCAACUCCUCUCUGUUCUCCCUGGUGACCCCAGAGGCUUUGCUUGCUUGGCAAAGGGUGCGUGUAGCACAUGCGCUGGCCUGCACAGGGAAGCAAUGGGCCCAAAUAUUUUCCAAGCACAAUUCAGGGACCUACAAUAACCAGUAUAUGGUGGUGGAUCUGAAAAGAGUUUCACUUGGAAAGCAGAUUGAGGACUGGAGCCUGACUGUUGUGGAGCAGAUUCCUGGUUUGGUUUUGUACUCGGAUCAGUCACAAUCGCUACGUCAUGGUUACUGGGCCUCCUACAACAUACCUUUCCACUCAGAUAUUUACCAAAUGAGUGGUUAUGGUGUGAUGUGGAAAAAGUAUGGGGAAGAUUUCUCAUAUGACCUCUGUCCACGCGCUAAAAUUUUCCGCAGGGACCAGGGAAAAGUCACUAAUCUGGACACCUUGAAAUACAUGAUGAGGUACAAUGAUUACAGAAAGGACCCAUAUUCAAAGAAGCAUCCUUGUAAAUCCAUCUGCUGUCGAAAUGACCUGAGACUUCGACGACCUCAUCCAGAGGGCUGUUAUGAUACUAAGGUUACAGAUUAUCACAUGGCCCAGAUAUUUUCGGCUGAAGCUGUGAAUGGACCCACUACUCAGAAUGGUCUUCCACUUUUCUCUUGGAGCCGUUUUAAUCAGACAGCUCAUCAUUGGCUCCCUCAGACGUACAACUUUACAUUUAUCAGCAUGCAGCCUUUGCUCUUUGGUUCCAGAAAUCAAGCCAAGACUGAUAAUAGUUUUGUACAAUGUAUGAACAGCAGUCUAGAGGAUACAGAUGCAAGACUUGGAAAGGAUUUAAUCGACUUAGUAUCAGAUAUUUACAAGCAGUUCCAUGAAAUCAUUGGGUAUAUUUUUGCCUAA